AUCCGCUUCAGGACCAGCGUGUGCCGCGUGUCCAAGCGUCCCGACUUCGCCAGCAGCGGCCAGUGGGAGGUGGUGACGGAGAGCCAGGGGAAGCAGGAGGCGGCCGUCUUUGACGCCGUGCUGGUGUGCAGUGGGCACCACACCGACGCACAUCUCCCGCUCGGUUCCUUCCCAGGGCUGGAAAAGUUUGAGGGCUGCUAUCUGCACAGCCGGGACUACAAGAGCCCUCAGCCCUUCAUGGAAAAACAGGUGGUCGUGGUUGGCGUUGGGAAUUCAGGCAUCGAUAUUGCAGUGGAGCUGAGCCACGCAGCCAAGCAGGUUUUCCUCAGCACCAGGCACGGGUCCUGGGUGCUGCACCGAGUAGCGGAGAGCGGGUACCCCUUUGAUUUCUGCUACAUCAGCCGCUUCAUGCAGCUCCUCCAGAACCUGCUGCCCCUGAGUAUCAUCAGUUUCUUCCUGGAGCGGAAGCUGAACGCCCGCUUUGACCACACUCUCUAUGGCCUAAAGCCCAAGCACCGGGUCCUUCACCAGCACCUGACCAUCAACGAUGACCUGCCCAACCGCAUCAUUUCGGGCCGGGUGCGGGUGAAGCCGAACAUCCAGGAGUUCAUGGAGACAUCUGCCAUCUUUGAGGAUGGCACCAGGGAAGACGUCGAUGCCGUAGUUUUUGCCACGGGAUACAGCUUCUCCUUCCCGUUCCUCGAGGGCUUCAAGGUGGUGGAGAACCAGAUUCCCCUCUACAAAUUCAUGUUCCCCCCUGACCUGGAGAAGCCAACACUGGCUUUCAUUGGCUUUGUCCAGCCCCUGGGUGCCAUCAUGCCCAUCUCCGAGCUCCAGUGUCGCUGGGCCACCCGUGUCUUCAAAGGGCUGCAGGGCCUGCCGCCACCCACCGACAUGCUGGCUGAAAUCACACAAACCAAGCAGAGAAUGGCUGAGCGGUACGUGAAGAGCCAGCGCCACACCAUCCAGGUGGAUUACAUCCCUUACAUGGAUGAGCUCGCCUGCCAGCUGGGAGUCAAGCCCAACCUGCUCACCCUGUUCCUCACAGACCCCAAGCUGGCCAUGGAGGUGGCCUUCGGGCCCUGCACGCCGUACCAGUACCGGCUGCGGGGCCCGGGCGCGUGGCCGGGGGCCAGGGAGGCCAUCCUCACCCAGCAGCAGCGCGUGGUCAGGGCCCUGCAGCCCCAGGCCAGCGGCCACCCUGCCUGCUCCAGCGCCGUGCCCCACAUCCUCACGGUGCUCUUCAGCAUCGGCAUGAUCGCAGCCACCCUCAUCUACGUCUCACUCUCUCCUUAAGGGCAGGAGACAGCCCAUCCUGCUGGAACUGUCAAACCACAGAAUUUCUUGUGAGGAAAUAGAAUACAUGGAUUUCACCUGCAAUAUGUUGGCACGAAAUUUUAAGAGAGGUGAAAGGUCAAACCAAGCAAAAGAAUUCCCGGAACUUGUAAACUCAUGAAUAUGUAUAAUCUUCAUAAAUGUGCAUGUGACCAUUGCAAUGAUAAAGUAGGUAAGAAAAUUAUUUCAAAACUAGCGUGCUUCUGGCAGUUGGCCAAGCACCCAACACUGUUCACCGUCCCUUUUAUCCCUUAUUAAACUUUUAAAAGUAAAACUCAUUUCUCACAGGCUUGUGUCUGCUGUCUCUCGCUAGCUGUGCCGGAGCACGGAGGGGAUGGUUCCUUGCGGGUGCAGCCUGCUCUGUUGCUGUCUGGGUACAUCCCGCUGUGGCACCACCGACUCUGCUCCGGGAACAGCUCCCUCCGUGCCGGCCCGCCAGCCCCACCAGCUCUAUCUAUGGGUUAGACCACAGCGGUGUCGGAGAAACCGGGAAAUUGCCGGGGAAAGAGCAAUAAAGCCGGGUCCCCGCUGAGGUGGCGCAGCCCGGCCCGCAGCAG